AUGACCAAGGAUACCAAGACAUUCAAAGUGCUCCUGGUAGGAAACUCCGGUGUGGGCAAGACGGCCUUCUUGCACCGAUAUCUCAAUCAGAGAUUCGAGCAUUCGCUACCGGUAACGGCUAACGUUGAGAAACAUGAUAUCCUUCUACACAUGACCGUCGGCCCGGUGAGGUACGAGAUCUGGGAUGUCAGCGGCAAUCAGAAACCCAAUACUCUGGCUUCGAGGGAAUUCGACGAGAUCGAUGCGGCGAUCAUCAUGUUUGAUCUGACUGAUCGGAUUUCGUACAAUAAUGUGCCUAAUUGGUACCAAAGCCUCGUAAACAAGGACGGCAUGCGCCUUGGGAGGUAUAUUCCCAUUUGUAUCUGCGGGAACAAGAAUGAUGCCUCGAUGGACGCCAAAUUACCACCGAAGGCAAUCACCUUCCCCAAGAAGAAAGGAACGGGCUAUGUGGAGAUGUCUGUCAUGGUUCUGGACAACAUACAUGAACCGUUCCUUGAUCUUGCGAGGCAGCUGUUGAGGAAUCCUACCGUGUGGUAUAAACCACGGCCCGACAUUGGACCGAUAAUAUUGGAAUUUCCAACGGUUCGGCACCAACGGUCGCCCCAGGACAAUGUAUCCCAAUAUCCUAAGCAUGAAUUUGGACCCCGUGUUCUGACCAAAGAGAUAUCACCACUUGCAUCACCGCCAGCAAUAGCAGCAGAUAUCCCGGCUGAAAAGCCCCCGACCGUCAUCGAGUCGCCCAAGAGAGCGGAUACAUCCAACGGGCAACUGAAGUUCAUCAGUACUACGAACAAAGCACCAUAUGGGCUCAAAUCGCCUGUAAACGGGACUAUCUCAGUUUUCGGUGAGACAAAACCAGCAGUCAAUGGAACCGUCCCAGUUGCAGUAGCAGAACAGACAAAGCUGCAUAUUGUGCCCUCGGAGGAGCAUGAGUAUGCGAAGCAUCAUGAGCCAACAAAAGAGCAUCGCGAACCCAACAAAACACCCGAAUCUCCAGAAAAGCAACCAACUCCACUCAAAGACCAAAGCCUCUUCGUCCUGUGCAUUCACUGCAUCAGAAUGGUGCUCAUCAAGUGCAUCCAGGGAACACCGCUAGCUCAACUAUCCAACGACAAACCGUCCUUUGCCCUCAUCACGACAGCAUGCCGCUCCUGCUGUCACGACUCGAAAAAAUCCCAAUCAGACGAAGUGCGCAUGUCUCCCGAUCUGAUUCGGUAUACGGCCAUGUACGAGUGUGCGCGCAAGGUGGCCGAGGACGAGGUGGAGGUGCUCACGAACAAAAAGAGCAUUGCGCAUAUCUCUCUUGACAAAUUGACCAACAGUAUUGGCCGCGAGUGUCAGAUCCAAGGGAUUUCGACGAGUUCGGAUACACUGCAGCGGUUAAGGCAAAUGGCGAGGAAGGAUGUGUUAUUGGGAUAUGUGCCGGGGGCGUUUCUCUAG